UGAGUAGGACAUGAAUGAUGACCGAGCCCAGAACAUUGCAGUGCUGCUGGGCGACUGCGAGCGGCUCAUUGUCGGCUACUUCCCUGCGAUCAGUGGUUCAGCGCUGCAGCUGUACCAUUUGAUCCUGCUACUCAUUCCGAGGAAGACGGCACUUGCGCGGAACUACGCAGGCGAGUGUCGCGCGGAGAACUCUGUUAAGGUUUUCGGGGGCGUGACAGGCUCUUGGGACGCUUGCCUGGGCACGGUCACUGCACAUGAAGGUCAAUGGGUGAGCGCCGUCGACUUUUCGCCCGACGGCAGGACGAUCGUCUCUUCGGGAGGCGAUAAGAAGAUUCGGUUUUGGGACGCCCUCACCUGCACCCCGCUUCUCGUUCUCUCCGGUCAUUCCAAAGAAGUUCACUCUGUCAAGUAUUCCCCGGACGGCGCUCGCGUUGUCUCCACUACUGAUGACGGCACAGUCAAGAUUUGGGACGCUAUAUCCGGCGUGCUUCUCUGCACCCUGGAAGGGCAUAGGAAUCGGGUCCUCUGCGCAGUCUUUACACCCGACGGCAGGCGCAUCGUGUCUGGCUCCCGGGACCAUUCCAUCAAGAUCUGGGAUGCCGAGACAGGAGCCUGUGUGACGACCUUGACCGAGCAUCGAGACCAGGUCAGAUCCAUUGCUGUGUCUUCAGAUGGCCUGUGGAUGGCGUCAGGCGCAGAUGACAUGGUCUGCCUGUGGAGCCUGGAGGCGCCGUACACUUGUCGAAUCUUAUUGAAGCGAGAACGCUGGGACUUAACCUAUUCUGUAACAUUCACACCAGACAGUUCCACAGUUCUGGCUGCCCCACAGUACGCAAGCUCGGGGCAGCUGUCUAUCUGGGAUGUCAAGACCGCUGAGCACCUCCGUAACCUUCAGUUACCAGGCCAACCUUUCUUAUCCACCCGCAGUCCCAACUUUCCCUCAGCCAGAGACAAGUUUGCGUGUGGAUCAGGGAACUCUGUUCUCAUCUUGGACCUUGCAAGCGGCGAGGCUCGACAAACGUUCUCCAGGCACACCAAUGACGUCACCUGUGUCGCCUAUAGCCAAGACGGGACUCGCAUCGUGUCUGGCUCAAGGGAUGGCACUGUCCGACUGUGGGACGCGACGCAGAAUGCAGUGAACACACCGCGGCUCGAGGACGCCAUCAAGUCAUUCGAUCCGCCCAGCGAGGAGUCGGCGGACUGCCGAUCGACCGUCUUCUCUCAUAACAGAAGUCAUGUGCUGCUGGCACGCGACAACGAUUCCAUCGGGCCUCUAUCCUUACUGUCAAAACACAGGCACUACGCAGCGUUCUCACCAGACGACGCGACGAUCCUUACAGCAUCAGAGGGAGAUCGUGGUGGGGUGGCACUCUGGGAUGCGGCUUCUGGAGCACUGCGCGCCCAGUGGGAAAGCGAGCUGCACGUGGCGUGGUGGUCCCCCUCUUUCCAGGGCACAUUCAUGUGGAGCGGCGUGUUGGGCUACGUGCCGCACUGCUUCGGCGGCCAGUCGUCGAGGAUCAUGUUCUCGUCGGACAGCCGUAUCUCCGGAGUCGGGAACAUUGGACCGCAUUCUGCCUGUCUCUGGGACGCCGCGACGGGCAAACUCAUCCGCGAGUUUGUCGGACACAGUGGCGUCAUUUUCUCUGUCGGCUUCUCCCUCGACGGAAGGCGCAUCGCAACGGGCUCCCGCGAUAAGACUGUCAUCAUUUGGGAGGUCGCGACCGGAGCGCGUGUGGCGACGUGCAGGGGACAUAAUGAUUGGGUGCGCUCAGUCGCCUUCUCUCCGAACGGAGAACACGUCACGUCGGGAGGUGAUGAUCGUCGCGUUAUAGUGUGGAAUGCAGAAGGAGGGGAGCUGCUUCAGUCGUUCGAGGGGCAUACGCUCUGGGUAACGUCGGUCGCCUUUAGUCCUGGUGGGGACGUCGUCAUUUCCUCUGACUACAAUGCCGACAUGCGACUCUGGGACAUCGCAACGGGCGCUUGUCUCCUCAUCCUCAACAUGGCUACCUGGGGCAGCACCGUGCGACUGUCCCCUGACGGCUCCGGAGUCCUAGUUGACGAUGACAAACGGGUUGUUCAGCUAUGGGCGCCUCUCAACGAAGAUGCACCGGCGACAACAUCGCGUUCUUGGCUCCCGCGCCGCACCUGGCCUAUAUACUACGAGGAGGACGGCUGGAUCUUCUCGCUGACGCCAACUCGGCGGACACGGCUGUGUUGGGUUCCGGUAGACUGGCAGGGCAUAGCAGGAUUCCUUGGGCAGGACGUGCUGUUUGGGAAGCAGGGUGCUCGGCUCAAUUUCUCGGCGUUGAGUAGUUAUCUUGAAAGCUUGCACACUGAUAGCACGUAG